AUGCCGCAGUUGGCGUCCUUGUUCUCCCUGUGUCUCUCGCCACUGCCUUUUCUCCUGAGCUUGGAUCGCCCGUCUCGCCAGCUCUUGCAGCCAGUUGUCGAGAGGAGUCGCACUGUCUACGCAGAGCAGCUGGAAAAGGCGCUGCUCUUCGACCAAGGGGCAAGAGGGGUGCCGCAGCGGCAGCUGCUGAAUCUUUUGGAGCGACUCGCGAAUGCGAGUUACGGAUUCACCUCCCUUAUUUCUAUCCGCCCUGUGCGAGAGGCAGUGGACUUUCUUAUAAAGGCAAGCUGCGCUGUCAGUGGCGUUGUUGUACUUGCAAUGCUCCUAGAGUCUUUGCUUCUACAGAAGCAACAGCUAGAUGCGUGGCAGCUGCAGGCUGUCUGGGUAAUCAUUAGAUAUGGCUUAGAACGCCGUCGCAUCUCUUUGUCCUUCAUGGAUCGAUGCGCUUCCUUCUGCCGCUGCCAUGCCCUUGUAUUUGAUAGCACCUGCUUCCUAGGUCUCAGGUGUCUUUCGAGCUUUUUUGGUGGUUCUGCCCUCAAGGCUUGCCAGCUAGCUGGUCUGUAUUAUUGGGUAUGCGCGCCUGCAGAUCUUUUGAAUGCGCCUUUUUUGUUACAUCCAGACGCUGGGCGCCAGUGCUUCAACGAUCUGUCUCCUCAUGAGGCAGAAGAUACCAAGCUUCGGAAGGCUUCUAAAGAACAUACUGCAGACGAUGCGCGCCUCGAGGAACAACUGCAGCAGCUUGCUGACUCCCUUGCUCUCCAGCAGGAUCAAAUUGAUGCUCUCACUCAGGGAUACAUUUUUGCAAGCUUUAUUUCCGAGGAUCUCUUCGCUUGCCGGCCGCUGUUAGGCGGCUCUGUUGCCACCGGUACCGCCAUGGGAUCCAGCGACAUCGAUGUUGGCAUUUUGCUGCCUCUGGAAGAGCAGCUGAAGCACUCCAAACUUCUGUUGCAGCAAUCAAGGGCCCUUCUCAAGCUCCACCCUUGGGCUGUACGUCUCGAACUCAAAGGCCGCACUGUCGGCGACCUGCUCCCAGCCGAGGAAGCCAAACAGACGCAGCAGCAGCAACAGCAGAAAGUGAGGCAGCAGCAGCAGCAGCAAGCGAAGCAGAAUCGGCAGCACGAGCAACGCCCACAGCAGCAACAGCACAAGCAGCAGCAGGAGCGCCAGAAGGAGGUGCCCCUGCGCUCGGAAAAAGAGGAUAUCUCCGAGAAGGAUCUUUUCGAGGCAACCGACGUCUGCGAAGAAACAGAAGAUGAUGCUCGUUUGAUCGCCCGUGCAGCGGAGGAGUUGCUUCUGCGUGUGGGGCCCCCAUUCUGUCGAAUGCUGCCUCAAGGGGGGCCCCCCCAGAUUUCAUGCUCUGAGCUCGCUCGCUUUCCUCUGACGCGCAUCAAGUGGCCUACGCUACGCGGCUUUAACCCUUCGGGGGCAGAGUCGGAUCCAGACGCGCAUGUCAGUGCCUUUCCUCAGAGGAGAGCCACACAAAAAACACGCAAAACUACAGGCGCACAAGACGCUCUGUGCAUCCUCCCCUUUACCGCGAUGGAAACGCUUCUCAGGCACCGCAUCAAGCAGGUGCCACAACAACAGCAGGAACUGCGGAGAAGAGUGAAGCCUCUCGUCCGCUUUGGCGAGUGCGAUGUGACAUUCAAUCACCAAGGGCCUCUCCACAAUUCCAGAAUGAUGCGCGCCUACAGUGUGGGAUGCUCUCCGGAGGUGCAGCGCUUUCUACGGCUUUUGAAACACUGGGUCAAGAGAAGAGAUGUUGGAGACGGGGUGGAAGGCUUUACCAACAGCUAUUCUUGGCAGCUCGCCGGAGUUUACUUUUUGCAGCGGUGUCUAUUGAACGUGCAGCAGCAGCAAAAGCAGCAGCAGCAUUCCAACGCAAACUUCUCCUUCGAUCAGCAAGGGUCCUGGAGUCAGCUAAUGGAUAUUUACACGGCUCUUGAGAAUCCAGCGUGGCUGCCUCUGCUCCCCAACCUCCAGCUGCGACUACAAGAGCACCUGCAGCAGCAGGAAAGGCAGCGGCAGUGCGCAGUCUGCAACGGAUGUAUUCCUUAUCCCUUAAAUGCCUUACCAGAGGACGCCGAAGCAGACAUUUACUUUUUCGAUCCUGAGAGGGGCCUCAAUCAGCGUCUCUCCAACAGCUAUGUUUCGCUUAAAAAGAGCAGCAGUAGCAACACCAGCAAUAGCAGCAAUAAGGUCUGCAUUUGUGGUCCGUGGAUGUAUUGCGGCGAGUCUAUGUGGCCGGAAGAUUUGGAGGGUUUGUCUCUGGAGGCUUAUGCUCGACACAUGGCGUUGCCAAGCGCAACAGCAGCAGCAGCAGCAGCAGCAGCAGCAGCCUUCACAAUGAGCGGCUACAAGCACCGCCUUGGACAGCCCCCUGCUGCUUCAGCGGCAAUUCUGCAUCAGCUGCGCUUAGCCACGAAGAAGCGAGUCUUUACUUUGCCAGAUAUUGACUAUGAUGCCUCGCUGCCAGACGUGCAGCGGCAACUCACUGACCUCUUAGGGGCCGUCGUUCUUCUUCCACCAGGAAUCCCCAAACUUGUGCGUCUUCUUCGCGCCUUCUUCAGAUUUUACACGCUGCAGUUCGACUCGAUCGGCUGUGCUUUGAACAUUGGAGGGCAGUCCCUGCUGCCCGUGUCGAAAGCUGAGCAAUUUAAUGGACCUCCCUACCCCAAGAGAUCGUUGCCGUGGCAGCCUAGUGAAUGGGAAGGCGUGUGGGGGGGGAAGUGGCUGGGCGGAGUUGUUGAACGGGCUUCAGGCGCUGCACGUGAGACAGAAGCGGCAGCAGAAGCUGCACCAGGUGGAAGGCGAGAUCUCGAGACGCAUGCAGAAGAAGCAGCAGCAAAAACGGCAGGAGGAAGAUCAACGGCUCGCCGAGCUCAGGGAGAUCGCACUCCAAGAGCAGGCACUCCGGUAGGCCCAGCACCUGCUGCUUGCUGUUGCUGGAUAGCCAUUCUACGUGAAAUAUUCAGCUAG